AUGUAUCUUACCUAUCGUCCUUUCCCAUAUUGGACCCAGCGUGCGUAUCAUGGACAGCCUGUUCCACCACAAGGUGCAAAUAAAUCUGCGUACCCCGAGAUCAGCCCUAUUCUGGCGUGCGAUAUGACGUUCAUAAAAUACGACGUGCGUAAGGCACCCGAACACGGAAUGGACAUGGGCUGUUACUAUGGCUUUUCCGGCCGGAGCGCGGGUGCUAAGAAAGAAUUAACAACGCUCCAUCUAAUUUCAAAGGACUUCCCUUGGAGUUUCACGGUGGAGGGCGACGAAGCGAAGCCGAUAACAUGCAACGAUGUGUGGCAAAAGCUCCACGAAGAGCUGGAGCUCGCUCUGGAAAACUGCCUGUGGGGUGCGUUAGAUGACAAAAGGAGAAGAAAAAUUGUGGCCAAUUUUGAGCACAGAAAGCGCGAAGACAAGGAGGGGGAUACUCAACUGAUGAGGAUGGACUGGCUUGGCCGCCGCACUGUAUUUGUGGGAGUCGAGAAAGACGACGCUUUUGCAAAGUCGAGAGCCUUACCGGGCAGCGAUGAUGGUGAAGAGACCUGGGUCGUGAAAAUGGAGAAGUGGUAG